UAGAAGAGGUAAAAUGAACUUAACUGAAAGCUGGGGACACAACACAUACGCAGAGGCAAAGAAAUGAAAUGAUAUGUGAAACGAGGUAUGGCUCAAAAUCUAAUUCUUUGCCAAUUAUGUGAAAAGCCAAAAGAAAUUAGAUGGAAAUGCUUUAUCUGUGACCUUGUCCUAUGCGAAAAAUGUGUCAAAAAACAUUCAAAGUUUGGUGGAUCAGUGAAACAUUGUGUUAUCAACUUAAAACAGGUUGGAAGUCCUGAGAAUGUGGACAUAAUUCGAAAGUUUAACCUUAAAAACAUUCGAUGCACAAGUCAUGAAGAGGAAAAGUGUUCUCUUUUCUGUAAGGAAUGUAAAAACCCUGUUUGUUCUUUUUGUGUCCUUGAACCUGAACAUAAAGGUCACAACCUUGACAAACUUAGCACUGUGUACAACAAUCAGCUAUCUGAACUCAAAGAUAUGAAAAAAGAAAUAGAAAAGGCUUUGCCUGAUCUUACUAAAAGUGUGAGGGAAACUAAAACAACAUGUGACAAUUACAAUGAAAUAAAACAAAAAAUCAUCCAACACGAAAAAGAAUUACAAACUAAGGUUGCUGAAGAAGCUGCAAAUCUUAUCAAUAAACUUGAUAAACUUGUAAUACCAAGUAAAGAUGCCUUCAUGGAGGAGAAACAAAGGAUUCAAAAUAAAGAAAUAAAACUGAAGGAGAUGAACAACAAAAUUACUACUGCUUUACAAUCCCAUCAAGCAACUGGUGUACUUGAUACUAUUGACAAAGAAGACAGAUUUUUACCACUAAAGCCAAAUUCAGAUAAUAUACCACUAGACCAAAAAUUCAAAUGGACAAUUCCAAAUUCAUCAAGUAUCAAUUUCGGAACUGUCAAAAAAUGUCCAAUUUUCAAGGUCAUCAAUACAUAUGAAGCAAAUAUACCCUAUAUUAAAAAACUCAAGAGUUUAAAAGAUGGAACAUUAGUCUGUAUAAGUGUUAAAGAGGCCGGCUAUUUUGUGGGAAACUUUGAUGAGCAAGGUGACAUGUACUUCAUCAAAAAUGAAAUCUGUAUAACUGAUGACUUAGACACAUUAACAGAUAUGACAGUAACUGAAGAUGACAAGAUACUGACUACUGAGGCUUUUGACGGAAUACUAUGUAAGCAUAAAUAUAGCAAACAAUUAACAAGUUUUAAAAUUAGAAAUAAUCAUAUUGGAAACAAUUUUAUAUAUCGCAAUGGAAUACAUUCAUUUGACCAGAAAAUUUUACUUGGAUUUGAGGAAUUUUGGGAAUAUCCAAAUCCAUUUAGUGAAUUUCCAGGAACCGGUGUUAUGAUCCUUAAUGAGAAUGGAUAUUGUUUAAAAACAUCAUGGAAUACAGAAAAAGAUUCUGAUAUUCAUAUGCUUCGAGACAUUAAUAAAUUAAUAACGAAUCAAAGAGGAGACAUUAUCAUCAUUGAUGGGCAUAUUAACCUUACCAUUUUUGAUUCUCAAUUUAAAUUCAAAUGGACUUACAGGCAUCUUCAGAAAUUAAUCGACAUAGUCACAAGACCAAAUGGACAAAUUGUUGUGGCUGACAUAGACUCAAUACUUGUAUUAUCUAUAGAAGGGGACUUUCUAAACAGUAUUGGUGAAGAAGAUGGUAUACAUCAUCCUACCUGUGUACAUAUUGACAACAGUGGACAACUUUUAGUUGGGUGUAAAGGAGAAAAUAAUAAGAAUGCAAAAAUUCAUGUGGUUAAAAUACAGGAUUAAAGUUCUGCAUUUGCUUUUCAAGAGGAUACUAAACAGUGUUUAUCAUUAAAGAAAAUUGAAG